UGCAAACUCGUUCACAAGAGAAAACAAAAAAAAAUAUCAUUCAAAAAUCACACAAAAAUAUAUUCAUGAAGCCGUGAAAAAGUCCAAUUGUGUAACAGAUAUUUCAUAAUGCCUCCGAAGAUACCGGAAAUCAUAAUGAUGGAUAUGGUCAAAAUGUUUGAGAAUCCUAAGAAACAGUAUAUCAAAUUUUGCAAGGACAUCCGGCAGGAUAUAGAGACCAAAAGCUUCAAGACUUUUACAUCUCGGCUUAAUUGCUUCAUUGACAUGCUGUGUAGUGAUGACAUAUCAAAGGAGACUGCGACCAUGAAAAUCGAAGAGUUUGUCAAUCAAGGAAUGGUGGAAAUAAUGCUGUGGGAUGCAUUUGUUAAUUUGAUCAGUCAACCAGUAAGUCCAACAAUAACAAAUGCUUUGGUGGCUCUAUUACAAACCCUCUGUAACAUUACUGAUAAUUCAAUAAGUGCUGCCAAGGAACAAGUCUGCGUCUUCUUGCCAUACUUGCUAAGGGAUGUGAUUAGUAAUGAGAAGAACGAACAUCGCCUGAGGAUUGAGGGAACCAAACUGAUCAAUCAUCUGUUGGAGCAGAAUCCAAUUGAGCUGCGUGAACAAAUUGAGAAACUAAAAAACCAAAGAACUAUUCGUGAAGAUGUUGGUACUCUCAUCACUAAUGCUGCCGAUUUUGAGCUUCAAGCUCAAGUUCUCGAAAUGGUGUUUAGACUUGUUCCUGCAUCAGAAAGGAUCGAAUGCGUUUCUUCUUGGUUCGAAAAUGAAGAUCUUCAGAAUCUUUUCCUGAAUAUCGAGGACAAAGCGUUUGAAGCUGGAUGCAGAAAAUUUUUAAACAAGACAAAUGAGAAUAAAAAAGGUGUGUUUUCGAUACCCUGUCAGAUGGUACUCUUUGGAUCUCAACAAAUUCCUCUUGCCAAGGAUGUUGGAUCUGGUAACCAUUGGCUUGAUUUCAAUCUUGGUAGCAAGACGCUUAAGUUCUUUUUUGAAGAGAAAGAAGACAUUCCUUCCGAAGACGAGGAUGAUGAUAUUUGGUGGCGUACAGUCACUAUUGAGCUUGAUAAUGUGGUUGACUGCAAACUGCUUGAGCAAGAAGAUGCUAUUAUUUUAAAGAUAACGUUAAAGGACAACGUCACAAGCCUGGUCCCCUCUUGGUCACCUACUGAUGUUCGUGUUAUCCAAAUUAAAUUUGGGUCUGAUUGUGAUGUUGAUAAGCUCAGAGAGGUAUUAGAAAGGUUCUCUUGGAUCCGUCCAGAUCGAUUCUCUUCAUCUCCUAAAGCAUCGGUUUCGAUCUUCUCAGUGCACCUGGCUGAUAGACAGAAAGGACAAAUGACGGUAGUACCAACCAUGGAUUCAAAGCCACCAGAAGUUUUGGUGGAAGAAGACAGUAUUGAAGAUGAAGUUCUCGUCAACCACAGUGAUAUCACGGUCUCUUUGGAUGACAAAGGAAUGGAAGAGAGUGAAGAACUCUUGCCUGCUCUAGACAAACCACAAGAGCAGCUAGACAAAACUAAACCUGAAAGUCAGGUGUAUCCAGUAGAGAAAACUGACGACUUGCAACCAACGGAUUCUCAAGAACUUAAAGCUGAUUAUUCUUCCCGCGAUGUCAACGACAUUGUCGAUCAAAGGUCGUUAAGGUCUUCAAAUACCAAAACUGCAGAAGACAAUCUAGAACAGAACCAGAAGACAAUUGAUAAAGAUGAUAUAGGUAGAAGCACCAACCCUGUUGGCGAGAAUGAUGACUUGAAUAAAGCACAAGACGCUAUUGAAGACGAGCACAACGAAAAAAACAUUGGGGAAGAAAAGCAGAAGCGAAAAGCUCGUGAUAAGAACACGAAAGCUAGUGCUAGUAUUCCCCCUAAAAAGACAAGUCAUUCAAACGAUGAGUCAGAGAGUGGUACAGAGUCGUGCGCGUCAACACGUUCCUCGAGGCGUAGUCCACGUGGACGCGCGAGCAGCAAGAGAACCAAUUCACCUCUACCUGUAGAGAUUAUUAAGAGUGAUAGGAGAAAGUCCACAUCGAGCUCUGACAAAAGCUCAACAGACAGUGAAAACGAAAAAAAUGAUUCUCUAGAGCCUAAGAAACUCAAGACCUAUCCUAGUGCUUUUAACGUUGCCAAAAGAAUGGAAGCAAAGAAAAACACCAUGUUAACAAAUAAUUCACAGGAAAUCAAGAAGAAGGUGUUUGGACAGAGGGGAUCUUCUUUUGGCCAGAAAACAUCACUUCACAUAAUGGCACCAGCGCGUCGUUCGGAUCAUUUCAAGGGAAGGAAACCAGCUGCCUUACAAGAUAAACAGCCUUCCAAGAAACAUUUCCAAAAUAAGGACACUAGAACAAAAAAACAGGCAACAGAACAAGAAAACAGUGAUUCUGAUCAUACAACCAAAGAAGACAACGAGAAAGAAGUCAUUCAGGACUCAUUCCCUAUUGAUGAUAGCCCCGAGGAACCUGGUCCAAAGGCUAAGCACAGUUUAGUUCCGUGUAAGUCUGUAAGGGAAAAAAGAAUUCCAAGGGACACUGCAGCAUUCCAGCAAGGUAGAAAGAAAAGAGCAUCUGUUAGUCCUGGACUGAGUGCUAUUACAGAAGAAAAAUCACCAGUCGAUAUUCCGUUAGUUAAAAAGACUCCUCAAGCUACGCGUGCACCAGCCAAGGAUAAACCAGCUGAAUCAUCUGAGAGCCGUACUAAGAAGCGAGGAAGAGAAGUCGAAGCUUUCGGAGAUAACGAGAAAGCACAAGAAUCUGGAAACACAUCAGAAGAUACACUUCUUUACGAAGCAGCCUCUAAAAGAAAGACAAGAAGUAAUGCAAAAACCUCAGACCAAUCAAAAGCAUCGAGAAGUAAUAAGGUGGACUCAGCAAAGGAACGUAACAAGCACUCAACCAAACUAAAGGAAAAACAAGACAAAAUAGACUUUGAACGAGAGUUUGACUUUGAUUUACCGGAUCUCACAGUGAUGCCCGCAGAAAAACCUUUGGUUGGAGAGGGGGAAAAACUUGGACAAGAAAGCGCGGCGUUACCAAGCAACACUUUCUCUUUUGAAGAUAACCGCAAAUCACGUGACAAAUCCGCAGCGGAUGAAAAAGGGAUGCCAUUAGAUGAUGAUGAUGAAGAUGACGUGGUAUACAUGCCUUUUCAGGAGUAUACCAUGGCAGAAACCCGCGAUAAACCACAAGACACGUCAAGUGGUAAGACAGGUGACAGGGAGAGAAUUGAAGAGGAUUUCGAUAGUGUGCUUUAUCAAGAAGACAGCACCGAUAAGAAGAAAUCCAAACCCUUUGAAAACAGUAAGUCAAGAAAUUUAAGAAAAAAGAAAGAAAAUUCAAAACAGCUGCGUCAACGGUUGUCCAAAAGAGGCUUUUCUGAAGACGAUCUUGACGAGGAUAGCGACCUUCCAAACGAGUAUAAGUCACCUAAACGCAGAAAGACAUAUGGAAAGAACCAGACACAAAAGUAUUCAAGUAAACUGGAAGAGAACUGGACAAAAGAUACGGACAAGGAAAACAAGAAAAGGACAACUGACGUUCCUCGCAUGGGGUGGCAGAUAUCAUCCAAGGAAGGCACAUCGAAAUCAAUACAGCUAAAGUCAUCACCUAGACCGUCAAACAAGAGUGAUGAAGAGUUUCAGUCGGGAUACGAGAGUGAUGAUCGUGAUCGCGAUCCACCUGAAUAUCAUCAGAGAUACACAGAAGCGUAUUCAAAUAAGAGACAAGCAGCAAGAAAUCCACAAAGUCGCAAAGGGAAAGGAGAACAGCUGGAAAGUAAAAAACAAUCCAAGUCAGUAAGUAAACCAAAGAACCGAGUUGAAGACAUGGAGGAGGAGGACGACGACGAUGAAGAAACCAAUGAAGUUCUUAAACUACGGAGGUUUUGUCAGGAUAUUACUGCUUCUAAAUCUUCAACACCCGCGUCAGAGCUUCCAUUAAGAAAGCGGCGAGAUGAGGAGACUGAAGAUGGAAAGCCAGCAAAGAAGUUAAAAGACUCUAAGAUACAAAGCAAGUAUAAUGAGCAGAUGUCAGAUAAGUCUGGAAAAAACUCUCCGAAGCAUUUAAAACAUCAUGGUAAAAAUGUGGAGACUUUUGCUGACCACAGUGUGCCCCGAUCAAGACUUAACAUGAAUGAGAGCCGGUUUGGACCACGUCAAGUAAACACAUCCAAGUAUGAAACACCACGCACCACCCCUGGUCGAUUGAACGAUUCAGGUCUUGGGCGAAGUAUCGGGACAGGGUCUCGAAAGCGCACAUCGGUAACGUCCAGCACAGCAUCAACCACACCUAAAGGACGCAAGAAAGGGGAACUUCGAGUUACAACGUCUAUUUCCAAGACGCCUAUCACUCCAAGGACAUCAGCUAUCAUGAAAAGAAUUGACGAGGAAGAGGACUUCGGACAUUCUAAGAAACCAAGGCAAAUUUUCGUGGAUUGGACAUCGUCAGGUCCAUCCAGAACGGUUUCCACUCCAUAUCAAGAUCCCUAUAGUCCUGAAAUCAACAACGACGAUCACCAGGACCGUGAACAGAAGAGGGCACAUGAGCGCCUUAUAGGCAAGGGAGACCAUAACCCCAAUAUCAAACCACGACAGUUGUUCAGACAAGUUGUCAAUGAGCACUCACCUGAAGAGGAACUAGAAGAAGAAACGCUUUAUGACCAAUCUUCCUCGUAUGAGGAUAUGAGAGACAUAUCAGACAUGUUAUCUGGUCUAGGGGGAAAUCUAACGGAGCGAUUACGACGCAAGCGACAUAACUUACAACGGUUCUGUAAGAGAACGAUGGAUGUGACUAUUGAGACCAUCAAUAGACAUUUUGAACAGAAUUUAUCAAACAGGGAUAAGAUAAUUGACUCAUUUAACGAUCAGUUUCUGGAGGAGAUCAAGAUUCUAAAGGAUGAAAUGGACAAGGCUAAGAAAACCGAGGAACAGAUUCUAGCAAGGAUAGAAGAAGAUAUAAAAAUACUGAAGACGCGAAGAAUCUUACAGGAAAAUAAGAUCAAAGGUCUUCGUAACCUGUGUGUGGAAUUCCAGAACGAGAUGAUCAAGGGCAGUGACAGCCAACCAGAUCACCAAGACGCAUUCCAAGAUGAGAUUCGUCAAGAGCUUACACACAUCCAACAACAUUUCCUGUUAGAAGCGCAAAAACAAGAUCGUGAGAAUCUCAGACGUUCACUUAGAUCUGUCCUUGAUGCAACCACUAUGUGAUCUAUUCGAUCCAACUAAGCACUUUGUUCCAGUUAUUCGUUAUGAAAGACCUGGGUUGUGGUUCGAACUGUAGUCUUUUAUGCACUACGGAACAGAGUCCGUACUGACUGAGAAAAAUGUACCUUGGGCACGUCACGUGUACGAUACCCUAGGGCCUGUGCUCAAGUGUUUUUUACAGUCUUUCGAAAGCUGCUCUAGCAUGGUAUAUGCUAUGCUAUUUGCAUUAAGUAGCCUAAAGGUAUCACAAGAGAAAAUCCAAGAGUCUCGAGCUAGCUUUUCAACCUGUUGCUUUUUAAAACCAAAUGACGUCAUAUUUUGAAUGACGUCAAAGAUGACGUCACUUUCUCUUGAGCUUUUCAGUGCACAUACCUUUGUGUAAUAUUGCCAUAUGUCGAGAGAAUUAUCCGAAAGCAGAGAGCAUCUUGUAAACUGACUUUCCAUUGCUCAUACAUUUAUCUGUUUAGAUUUAAUUUUAAAAUAGUAGUUAUUGUUUUCUUGAACCAAAUUUAUACAGAUUUACAAAACAAGAAAUGGUUUCUUAACGCUUUUAAAGGAAUUUGCGUUGAAGUUAGUGUCAUAAGUGAGCUCAUGGUACUAUAUGGUGGGAUUUAAUAGGAAAUUAACCAAAAGUCACAUAUUUAAAACUAUAUGCAUCUGAAAAAUUCAUCCCGGCACUGCCCUGGGUACAUCACAUAAUACUAGAGUAAUGCAUCAUCUUUUAAUGUCCUUGAUAUUACAUAAAAUGUUUUAACUUCAAUGCUUUAUGCCUGGUGAUAAAAAAUCGGGUUGGAAUACAUGAUUUACCUUUCGAAAA